UUUCUUCGAGUCCACCACCUUCACGCCCAACUCCUUCGAGUCGCUGUCCUUGACUCACCUAGUCAACCCAUCACCACCAAUUUUAUUCCUUGAAGCUUCCUCUGUUCUCGUCCCAUCCCAGUCUCUGCAUUUCACACAACACAAAUUAAAAGAAAUCCAAUUCUUGUCUCUCUCUCCUCUUCUAUUCUGUUCAUCGACGAGCCAUGACUCGCCGAAGCUCCGGUGGAAGAUCAGCACCUCGUCGUCCUGCACCAGUGCGUAAUCCCCCUCAGCCAGCAAGACAAGCUCCUCCUCCAGCUCCUGUUCAAGGUGGCAGUGGUGGAUCCAUACUUGGAGGCCUUGGUGCUACAAUAGCUCAAGGCAUGGCAUUUGGUACUGGCAGUGCUGUGGCACAUAGGGCUGUCGAUGCAGUGGUGGUUCCUCGCACCAUUCAACUCGAAACUGUCGUCUCCGAAGCAGCUUCUGCACCAGCACCUGCUACAAACAGUAUGGGUUCUGAUGCUUGCAGUGUGCAGUCCAAGGCAUUUCAGUAGGCGAUCACGUGGUUACAUUCAUGUUUUCCACUGCCUUUGUCCCCUUUUUUGCUUCCAUUCCCACUUCUUUAUUUAUUUUUAAUCAAUUUUUAUGUGACUUUCGCCACCACUUUUGACCCAACACUUUUUCAUCCCAUCUUUUGA